AACAAUCAAAUUUGUUAUUUUUCUUAAAUUCAUAAUUAAUUAAAAACCAAGCAAACAAUCGAUAUAUUUAUUAAUUUAUUGUUUGUUUUACAAAUUCAAGCAAAAAGAUUUUCAACUAAAAAUUAAAUAUUCAACAGUAAUAGAAUUUACAAUUUAAAAGGAUAACAAAUAAUGAAAAGCUAGCUUUAAGUUUAUGCAAGAUUAAAACCAACUGAUAAUGCAUCAAUUGCAUAUGAGAUUGAUAAAUCUAGCAAAAGGUUGACCAUAGGAUAGAAAUAUAAUAAAGCAGGAUUUAUUAAUAAUAUGAAAGAAACUAUGGAUUUUAACUUUACUGAUAUUUUAGAUAUUAAUGCUACUUAGGAAUAAGUAUUCUAGCAGGUUGCUGUCCCUGUUGUUUUGAAUUGCUUAGAUGGAUAUAAUGGGACAAUAUUCGCAUACGGUUAGACAGGAUCUGGAAAAACUUACACAAUUAACGGAUCAGAUUCAUGGGCUUAUAGAGGUAUAAUUCCUAGAGUGAUGACAUAUAUUUUUGAUUAAAUUGAUGAGAGGAAAAAUGAUUAUGAAUAUACAGUUUACGCUUCAUAUAUGGAAAUUUAUAAUGAAAAAGCUUAUGAUUUGUUGAACGAAGACCACCUUGUUUCUCCUAUUGAAUAAUGGAAUAAAAUAGAAUUUAAAAGAGAUAACUUAGGGAAUAUUCAUUUAAAUAAUAUUUCUUUACACGAAAUUGAUGAUGCUAAACCAGGAAUAGAUCUUUUGAUGAUGGGUAAUUAUAUUCGUAAGUAGGCUGCAACUCCAAUGAAUUAGUGCUCCUCGCGUUCUCAUUGCAUAUUCACACUUACUUUCGAAGCAAGACAGAUAGAAACAAACACUUGUUUUGUUUCGAAGUUAAAUCUAGUUGAUUUAGCUGGAUCUGAAAGGGUUAGUAAAACAAAUCAUGAUGGCACUUUGCUGAAUGAAGCUAAAAAUAUUAACUUAUCAUUAAGUUAUCUAGAAUAGGUGAUUGUUGCCCUCAAUGAAAAGAAAAAGACAGGCUAAAGAUAGCAUAUUCCAUAUAGACAUUCAAUUUUAACUACAAUUUUAAAAGAUAGUUUAGGAGGUAAUUGUAAGACCGUCAUGAUUGCUAAUAUAUCUACGGAGUUAGAUAAUUUUGAAGAAACUAUUUCAGCUCUCAGAUUCUCUUAAAGAGUUGGAUAGUUGGAAAAUGAAAUUCAUAAAAACCAAAAACUUGACUUAAAUUCGAUGGUAGAAAAGUUAGAAUAAGAAAAGCAACAGCUUCUUGAUGAGCUUUAGAAGUAUCAGAAGAUAGUUGGAGAAUUAAAAGACUCAGAAAAUGCGAAGAAUGCAAACUUACAAAAUAAAAAUUAGAAGCGCUCAUCCCAAUAAUACCAAUCUAAGCAAACAUUAUUUAAUAACGAUGAGUCCUAAGAGGAAAUUGAAAUAGAUGAAGAACAAGAUUUAGACUAAAUUCUUACUAAAGUGGAUGAAUACAUGCAAGACAAAAUAGACUAAUUAGAGGUUAAAAAUAUGGUUGAAGCUAAACUCUGCUUUAGAGCCAUGAAGGAAUAUCACAAAUCAACUAUGGCAGAUUACUUGAAAGAAUUAUCAGACAUUUCAAAAAAAUUGUAAUAAUAUGAUGCAUUAUUACCAUAAGUUAGCAAAAAAAAAGAAUCAAUUCCCCAAAUUAAAGAUUCUGACAUCACUCAGAUGGCAUUAAAUAAUUUCUACCAUCAAAAGUAGCAAUCAAACAGAUAGUCCAUAAAUGAUUAACCUUAUCAUGAUGAGAAUGUUGAUCCAGAAACAAUUUAAAAAGGAGUUCAAUAUACCAAUUAAUAGCACCAACCAGUUGUAUUUAAUACUCACUAGUAAUAUAUUCCUUCAUAAAUGUCUUAAGCAGCUUUGGUAUAAAAUUAAUAAUUGACGUAAGAUGGUUAUAUUCAAAAACAAGAGAUUGGUAAUAGAAAGAAGAAAUAGCAAUCAUUUGAGUCGUAGAACCAACCUUAAUAACAACAAGUUUUACAAACCUAAAAUCAGUAAUCGUAUUAAGAUAAAAAUUAUGCAUCAAAAGAAGAACUAGAAAUUAACUUGUACAAGCAGCAAUACCAAAACUCUUUAUAAAGAAAAUAAAUCUCAUAGCACGCACUUAAAAGUAAAAAUGAAAACAUGUAAAUUUAUGCUUAACAAAGUAAUAACGCACUUUAGUAAAAUCAAUACUAGUAAGAUGUAAGAUAAGAUCAUUAAAGAAAUAUAGACUACGAAGACGAUUACUGA